AUGUCUUCUUACGUCCAGGACGUCGUUUCCAGCAGUGAUCAAAGCGUCUCGCGAAUCUCUCUCAGGACCAUUUUGCGGUUGAAGCUCAAGACGUUCUCCGAGAGCCGCCUCAACUCGACCUGGAAAGAAACAACGGUCGUCAUUCCUGCUUCUGCCAUAGAAUCGGAGUGCAGCACGUUGAUCGACUUUGCCACCGAUGAGACCUUACAGUCAGUUGAGGGCAGUGGAGAGGGUGGAUCCAAGAACGGAGACUAUCGGCUCGAAGAGGAGAACUGCUCAUGGGGCUCAGCACCUAAGCCUUCGCGCGGCAAAACUGCAUCGAUGAGGCACCACAACCAGUUACCUUUCCGACAGAUCAACUUCGACGCGUCGACAGGGACAGAGUCAGGGGAGAUCCCAUGGGGACGCGGCAGGCAGAUCAUCAACAAUCCAAAUGGUUCUUUGCCCGCAAGCAGGAAAAACCCCUUCAAAACAAUGCCGAGGUAA